UCAGAGUGGAUGAUGCUGUGAAAACGGAUGUGAUGAGCCACAGUGGUCACUAACAACUUCUGAUUACGAGGAAGAACUAAUAUAAAGGAUAUCACAACAUGCAGGGACGCGUAAAUUACGUAAAUCUUUGAUUCUUUGCGCGUAAAAUGUGGAUACACUGAUACAUUACGGGAUAGUUUAAUGAUUUAAAUUCUUGAGAUCAGUUUCAGUUUCAUAAACUGCUACUUAAAGUCCUAAAACAACCAGAUGUAGGCGACUGUUGUUUUCGCUGCCGCUCCCUGAUUCAGCACCGGCUGAUGGACAGCUCUCCGGCUCAGUGCGCGGAAACAAUCGAUGGCACGACGCUCGCGCUCAUCCAGAGCGCACGGAGCUGAAAGUGAGCAGAUGUGACACGUCCGUCCAAAUUGGGCUUCGAGUGGAAGACGCCAAAGUUCCGUCUCUGUUCACAGAUAUAAAAACAUCUUAGCGCGGCAGCGGCAGGUGAAGUUGUUCGGACAUGCCUCCCGGCUGCGAAGAUGACAGAUUUUGCGCCCACGUCACGCUGUCAUCAAGGUAACGCUUUUGACGGCAGGCGGAAGCAGCUCCGUGCUCUCCAGGGGAAGUUGUACUCUCCCUCUGUCCUCCACCAGCACCGGAGUCCAACAUGGGACACAACCACCUGUUCUCCGUGGGCAUGGCUGUGGUGUGGUCACUGCUGCUCUCUCAGUCAGUACAUUGUCAAGAGAGGACACACUCGUAUGCUGAGGACAAGCUCUUCAAGACGCUGUUUGCUGGUUACAACAAGUGGUCGAGACCUGUGCCAAACAUCACCGACGUGGUCAUCGUCAAGUUCGGACUGUCCAUAGCUCAGCUCAUUGACGUGGAUGAGAAGAACCAGAUGAUGACAACCAACGUGUGGCUGAAACAGGAGUGGAAUGACUACAAGCUUCGCUGGAGACCAUCUGACUAUGACAACGUGACGUCCAUAAGAGUGCCGUCAGAGCUUAUCUGGGUACCAGACAUCGUCCUCUAUAACAAUGCCGAUGGUGAGUUUGCGGUGACCCACAUGACAAAAGCUCACUUAUUCUACACGGGUAAAAUUCGCUGGGUGCCACCAGCCAUUUACAAGAGCUCCUGCAGCAUCGACGUCACCUUCUUCCCCUUCGAUCAACAGAACUGUAAAAUGAAGUUUGGCUCUUGGACAUAUGACAAAGCCAAGAUUGAUCUGGAGAGGAUAGAAAACACCGUGGAUCUCAACAACUACUGGGAAAGCGGCGAAUGGGCCAUCAUCAAUGCCGUGGGAACAUACAAUACAAAGAAAUAUGACUGCUGUCAUGAGAUCUACCCAGACAUCACCUACUACUUCAUCAUCCGAAGGCUGCCCUUGUUUUACACCAUCAACCUCAUCAUCCCCUGUCUGCUCAUCUCUUGCCUCACUGUCUUGGUUUUCUAUCUGCCUUCAGACUGUGGCGAGAAGAUCACCCUCUGCAUCUCAGUGCUGCUGUCCCUCACUGUCUUCCUUCUCCUCAUCACGGAGAUCAUACCAUCCACAUCCCUUGUCAUCCCUCUUAUUGGCGAGUACCUGCUCUUCACCAUGAUUUUCGUCACCCUGUCCAUUGUCAUCACCGUCUUUGUGCUCAACGUGCACCACCGCUCACCCAGUACUCACAAGAUGCCCCGCUGGGUCCACUCCGUGUUCCUGGACCUGAUCCCACGCUGGCUGUUCAUGAGAAGGCCUGCUCCAGAUGGCCGGCGAUGCAGACUGCUGCUGCUUCAGCGGGAGGCAGCUGCAGAGCAGCGGCAGUGUCGGAUAGCCGGGCACAAACCUGGCAACUGCCUCAGCACCUCUGCUAACUGGUUAAGAGAAGGGACCACUUCAGAGGACUCUGAGAGAAGCUGUUAUGAGGAUUUAGAGCUGGGGACCCUGACAUCGUAUUUCUCUUUCCGUUCUCCCUCACCCAGACCUCCAGGGUCAAGUCCUCCACCACAACAGAAAACAUCACAGAACAGCCAGAACAGACAGGAAGCAGUCGGAGGGACAAAUAGACAGUUACCUGGAGCUCGAGUCAAUCCCACUCAGAGGCCAACAAAAGUAGAAAAUGCUGUAUCAGACUCAGCGUUCCUGCUUUCACCAAGUGUUGUCCGUGCAUUAGAAGGGGUGCACUACAUUGCAGACCACCUGAGGGCAGAGGAUGCUGACUUCAGUGUGAAGGAGGACUGGAAGUAUGUCGCCAUGGUGAUUGACCGCAUCUUCCUGUGGAUGUUCAUUAUUGUCUGUCUGCUUGGGACCAUCGGCCUCUUCCUGCCCCCUUGGCUAGCCGGCAUGAUCUAGCCCUUGAGAGAAAGUACUACAGAUGAAUGUAACACCCUACAGCCCAGUUUAUGGCCUCAUACACCACCAAACCAGAAUAAAGAAAUAAAAAAGGACUGUUUUUAUGGACCCUUCUCACAAGUGUGACACAUUUUAAAUCCCUGUAUGUUCUUGGCAAUGUUAGGAUACCUCACACUCAGACUGUCAGCUUCUCAGGCUCAGAUUAGCGUCAAUUUGUACUGGUCUGAACUGCACUUAGCCUCAGGUGCAAUCCCUGCAAUUCACCUGUUUGACGAGAAUGCCAACAUUAGCACACGUUAAUAUGCUUAUAUGGGUGGCAAGCUCUUGCUAGGACACAGGAUUUAGCAUGUCAAUGUUUGUUUUCGUCAUCUAUUUAGCAUGUUGUUAAGCUAAAAAAAAGAAAAGGGAAGCUAACUAGCUAAAUAGUAUGACUCUACAGUAGUUUGAGGGACAGCAAUUUGAAAGUCAGCCACAAACACAUUCAAUUAUUCUUACUGAAGCACUGAAGCUAGUUGGAACAGGAAGCUAACGCUCAGCUAAAUAUGCCUCCAAAUGUGUCCCAAUUCAAAUGUUGACUCCUUACCUGCAUAACUAGCACCUGGAUAAUGUAGAAGUUGUUGAAGUAUUCGAAGAAAACUUAAUAAAUUAACAAAUUCUUCUGUUUUACUGUUUUUUUUAAAGAUAAAAACAAAACAAGCUCUGUAAUUUCUGCUUCUUAAAUGUGAACAUGGACCUGUGUUUUCCCCCUGUGAGAGGUAACUGGGGUCUAGUUUUGUUCUUUGGUUUCAUGGCCCUUUCAUUUUGACAAAAUACAGAAGGAAAAGCACAAGUGUAUUAAAUGGAAGAUGGAGGAGAUGGCUGAGGUCCAUGUUGCUUCCUCAUUUUGAGGGUGCACUCUGGCUCACUGCAACAUUGUCCUGACUAGCAUGAAGUGAACACAGCCACAGUUAAUGUUAUCAGUAAGGACACCUGUGCUACUCCUGGGGAAAACAUGUGCGACUGCAGUAGUGAUGCUGACAGCAUUUAUUCUCUACUUUGCUUUUUAUUCAGCGGCUGUCAGCCUGGAACUGAGACGGAUGUAAUGGACAUUUAUUAUGUUGGUCGUAAUGCUUGACGAGUACAUGUGGGUACAUUAAAAUUGAAUUCUGAGCUAUGGAAAGUUUGAAGAGUCAUAAAUCACAGUCAAGUGUGAAUUACCUGAGAAAAUUCUUUGAUUUUGACUAUGUAAUUCAACCAAAACAGCCUGGUUUGUCCAAGAAACUGUAUAUUUACUGGACUUAUUUCUUUGUUUUUAGGUAUGUUGCAACAAUUAACAUUAUUUUUUUUGUUGUAUAUGGAAUAAACCCCAUGAUGAAAACGAUUGAAAACCAUGUCCUACCAUUAAUUGAGUGGUGUAAAUGAAAUUUGCUGCCGUUGUCACACUUUUACAUGAUGAUAUCCAUAACUGGCGCUUCAGAUUAUUUAUAUAAAUUGUCAGUAAUUCAUUCAUAAAAGAACCAGUCUUCUAAUGUUAUCUUCUAUGGUGUCAAUAAAUGUAUGUGUAUGUGUAGAAAGCACAAUAAAAAGCUGAACAUGUACAAAAUCACACAUGCCAAUUCUAAACUAACACUUGACAGGUUCAGCGCUGGGUGAUGUGAUAAUUAUUGUUAAUAAAUGCCAUAAUUGUA